AUGUACCUCAAUAACGUAACCCGCGUCCAAACUGCGGCUCUUCGUCUGUUAUGCUCCUUUGGGGGAGGCAUCUCUGGGUACUGGAAAUCACGGCCCAAGAAGAGACGGAACCGUGCUUUAGUGUUCAUCCUGACAGGAUGUAUAUUUUGCCUUGGUCUAAAGCUAGGAUUCGGCCUCUUCCACACCGAUUACUGGGAGUGGGAAACAACAUCCCGCUUCUCGAACUCGCCCCACGCCAACGAACUCCGAGGCAAUAGUGAUGGCGAUAACCUUUGCGACUCUUUUCCCUUGUACCUCCUCCCGCGCGUCCAAGUCGUCCUAAAAAUCGGCAGUACAGAACCUCCCAGUCGGGUUGACACCCACCUCACGACGGUUACCCGCUGCAUAACUAACCUUAUUGUCUUCUCCGACCACGAGUCUGAAAUCAAAGGCCAUCGCGUCCACGAUAUUCUCGCUACUCUCCCGGACUCCUUCUGGGGGAAUACCUCUGACUUUCAGGCGUAUAGCGCGCUCCAGCGCGGAGAAUCCGAGACGGUGGGGGCUUCUCAGGGCUGGAAACUCGACCGAUUCAAGUUCCUGCCCAUGGUCGAGCGCGCCUAUGAAAUGAAUCCGACUGCCAAGUGGUUUGUUUUUCUUGAGUCCGAUACGUACUUUGUGUGGGACAAUUUGUUCCGUCUCCUUGACCAGUUCGACCCGUCGCUUCCUCUAUACUUUGGCUCCCCGACUGCUGGAAAGGGCCGCUCUUUCUUCGCUUAUGGGGGUGCUGGGUUCGUGCUGUCAACGGCCGCGGUCCAGAAACUGGUGGCUCGCAGGGUCGGACGCGGUAGCGUGUACAGUCAACCUCCGUUGAAUCAGCAGUAUGAGGGUUUGGUCAAAGAGGAUUGUUGCGGCGAUUCGGUACUUGGAUGGGCACUCUAUCAAAGUGGAGUGAAGCUGUCCGGGAUGUGGCCGAUGUUCAAUCCGCAUCCUCUGCAUGGGAUUCCGUUUGAUGAACGGCAUUGGUGUCAGCCGGUGAUCAGCAUGCAUAAAUUAUCGCUAGAAGAUAUGACUGAGCUGGUCAGGUGGGAGAAACAACGUCGCCGUGGCCGAAAGCUUCCAUUGCUAUAUGCCGACCUGUUCGAGUACACCAAGUUGGGCACCGUUGAAUAUAAAACGGACUGGGACAAUGGUGACUGGGGCGGAUGGCAAGAGCCGUCCCACUCGCCCGCCCAUAGCUCUCUUGAAGCCUGUACGAAAGCGUGCCAUGAGCAUCCCGAGUGUUUCUCAUAUACCUACGACCAUUCCGGUCACUGUAUUUUUGUCCCAUCCAUUCGACUAGGCGCGCACAAACCAGCCACAGAGGACACGUCAAGGCUAUCAGCCGGGUGGGACCUGGAGAAAAUCAAGCAGUGGCGGGAUGCUCACAAAUGCCGGAGACCUCAGUGGGUGAAGCCAAGUACAGACCGCAUUUUUUGA